AUGAUUUCUGUAAAUGUUAUAUUAAACAACAUGAUGCGUAAUAAUAAUGUUUCUCAGUUUCAUGAAAAGAAUGAUACAGUAGUUAUUGAGGAAGAAUUUGUUGAUAAUAUUUGUGGAGUAAAGAUUUAUGUGUACAAGGAAGAUCACUGCAGUUUGAGAAAUGAAAUUCUAACAUUUCUUCAGUUUGCUCAUAAGUAUACACGCAUAUGGCUAUGA